AUGUUAACAAUCCCCCUUUUUAUUGUCUCCCAAUUUUCAGAUGCGUCCUACUGGAAUGCCAGAGGUCGCGCCGCGCUGGAGGAGGCGCUUCAGAACCAGAGACUCAACCUCAAUAUCGCCAAGAACAUCAUCUUCUUCCUCGGCGACGGCCUCGACGUCACGACGACGACGGCGGCGAGGAUACGAAAGGGUCAGCUCGCCGGCGGUUUGGGCGAGGAAGCAUCGCUGCAUUUUGAAAGUUUUCCACAUGUAGGGCUAGUUAAGACUUAUAAUACAGACCGCCAGGUCCCCGAUUCGGCGGGAACAGCAACAGCAUAUCUGUGUGGGGUGAAAAGUAAAUUUGGAACUCUUGGAGUCGAUGAUCGUGUGGAAAGGGGAAAGUGUUCAUCGAUAGAGGGAGCUGCAGUCGAUUCGAUUUUAAUAGAUUCGAUGAAAGCUGGAAAGAGUACCGGAUUCGUCACCACGGCUCGGGUCACCCACGCCUCGCCUGCCGCGCUCUACGCUCACACCCCGGAUCGUAGGUGGGAGAAUGACAAGGAUCUCGAUGAAAAUGACGUCAGGGAAGGCUGUAAGGACAUCGCCCUCCAGCUCGUCGAACACGGCAAGACCAUGAACGUUAUCAUGGGCGGUGGUCGUCGCGAGCUCACACCACGCAACGUGGAAGAUCCCGAAUACGAUGGCGACUACGGACAGCGUCGCGAUGGUCGUAAUCUCAUCGAAGACUGGCUCAAAGACAAAGAUUCUAUGAGGUCCCAUUACGUCUGGAACCUUGGCGACUUCAACCGAGUCAAUCCUGAGACUACCGACCAUCUCAUCGGUCUGUUCCAGCCAUCUCAUAUGAAAUACGAAGCGGAUCGGAGGUGGGACAGGGCCGGGGAACCGUCCCUUGCUCAGAUGACAGAGAAAGCUAUAAAGAUACUUCAACGGACGAGUGAUAACGGAUUCUUCCUUUUUGUUGAAGCUGGUCGAAUCGACCACGGCCACCACGACGGGAUGGCUCGGGACGCCUUGACAGAGACCCUUGCCAUGGACGACGCCAUCGGGGUCGCACUCCGUCUAACGAGCUCAGAAGAUACGCUGAUCGUAUCGACGGCUGACCACGCCCACGUGAUGACGAUGGCGGGCUACCCAUCAAGGGGAAAUCCAAUUCUCGGUUUAGAGGACCAUUAUUUGGCCGACGAUGAUCUGCCCUAUGCUACUCUCAGCUAUGCCAACGGUCCAGGGGCCUUGCAUUUAGCAUCUUCCUUUCGAAAGCACGGCACUCGUGAAAAUCUAACCACGGUAGACACAGAGGAGACAGGUCACCAACAGCAAGCACUUGUUCCCUUUGACGAAGAGACACACGGAGGACAGGACGUCAUGGUGUAUGCCCGGGGACCGAUGUCCCAUCUAUUCCACGGCGUCCAAGAACAGAGUUACAUACCUCAUGCGAUUCGCUACGCAGCAUGCCUUGCGGGCGAGACCGAACACUGCAUCAACGGGCAGGCCCGUUGGUGUGAGGGUGCUACAGCCAGCGCAAGCAGCAGCAGCAGCAGCAGUAGCAGGACCAAGGAUCAAGCGGAAGUCGAGGCACACGUGGGUGGGUCAGCCAUUAGUUGGAGGACACACACCGGAAUCUUCCAUGUUAUUGUGUCCGUAUGCUUAUCAAUCUGUGUUUUGUCUAUUUAUUAAUGAUGAAUGUCUUCGACUGACUAACCUAGUAUCGGAUUUAAGUAUUAAAAGAUGGUCCUUUGUGAUUUGCAUUCCAUGACAAACGGGUUAGUGUUAUUUAAUGAAGGAUGUUGAGAAAGGAAAAAUGCUUCCAUUUUUAUUGACAUUUGGAAUAACCAAGUAAACAGUAUCCUCAGUAUUGGAGACCCUACCAAGUCUCAGUGUGCUACUUCUUUCCAAACAUGAAUCCUGCUAGAAGGCUCUAAGCAUCUUUGAAUUACAGGAUGAUGAACAUAGGAUACAUUGUCUGCAGAGAGCACAUUUAUCCUAAAUAAUUAGAAAUUAUGCAUAGAU